AAUCCCACUCCUAAAAUCUCCAUAUCCAGCGAUUUUAUCGACAUUCUUUCAACUAAAAUCCUUUCGUUUUGAACUAAAUCUGGGUUUUGGCUUCCAAUUUCUAAUUGAGUUCAUCACUGAUCAUCAGUUCCACCAUGAACAGUGAGGGUGUAAAAUAUGGGGGAUUUUGGAGGGUUUUAUAUGCUGUGUUGCUGGGUCAACUCACCUCCUUUUCAAUGGCUCUUGUAAGCUUCAGUUCUUCUCUAUCUGCUAAUCUAGGUGUUAAUGCCCCAUUUACUCUCUCAUUUUUCUCUUAUUUGGCUUUAACAUUGGUCUUUGGAAGCAUCUUGCUGUACCGUCGCCAAAAGCUACAUAUUUCUUGGUAUUGGUAUGUCCUCUUAGCAAUUGUGGAUGUCCAUGGCAGUUAUCUUUUUAACAAAGCAUACCAGUUUUCGUCCAUCACCAGCGUGACAAUACUCGACUGUGCAACAAUCGUUUGGGUCAUAAUUCUCACGUGGCUCUUUCUUGGCACAAAGUAUUCCUUAUGGCAGUUUCUUGGGGCAGCUCUAUGUGUUACGGGACUAUGUUUAGUGCUGCUUUCUGAUUCCGGAGUGGGAGGUGGAGGUGGUUCGAAUCCUAUUCUGGGUGAUGCACUUGUGAUUGCUGGGACUUGUUUUUUUGCAGUAAGCAAUGUUGGUGAGGAAUUUUGUGUUAAGAAGGUCGGUCGGAUUGAAGUAAUAACAAUGCUUGGUUUGUUUGGAAUGCUUAUGAGCGUAGUAGAGAUGGUCAUAUUUGAGAGGAAGAAUCUUGAAUCCGUAUCUUGGUCUGCGGAAGUUAUUUUAACCUUUGCUGGUUAUGGGUUAGCAAGCUUUAUGUUCUGUUCUUUGAGGCCUCUUGUUCUACAGGCAAGUGGAGCCACACUGUUCAAUCUAUCGUUACUGACAGCCGAUAUGUGGGCAGUGGUCAUUCGUGUGUUUUUAUACCACCAGAAGGUGGACUGGUUAUACUACGUGUCCUUUUUACUCGUUGGUAUCGGUCUCGUCAUAUAUUCAAAACCGAAGAAGCAUACCAAUGAGUUAUCAGAACUUGAAGAUGGUGACACUUACCUGCUGCCACCGGAGAAAGACUCGGUCGCGGCGGAGAAAGACUCGGUCGCGGUGGCAUCUAGUUCGUAA